AUGAAACCCGAUCCUAUCCUCGAAGAAUGCUACCGUAUCAAGGAAGAAUACAGUGCCCAGUUCAAGGACGUGCAAUCCUUUUUUGAACAUUUAAAAGCCCAAGAGAAAAAGCGGAAAAAGGAAGGAUGGAAAUACGCUCCGCCACCCCAACACCUUGAAUUCAACAUCACAGCCGAACAUCUCGAAUUUGUAAUAGGUCGCGCAAAAGAAACAGGCAAGGCCCCGCAAAUUGUUGCGCUGCUUGAACGGCUCAAAACCGGACUGAUAACCUGCGCAGCAGCAAAAGAUAGCCCCCACAUUGAUUUUGGGAAAACUUUACAGGUAGAAACUGCUCGCGCGCUCAUACAGGAUUGGGCGAUUGCAGCCAUCCGGUUCGUCCUCAAAGAAGACACCGACUUGCAAUCCGAAACCUCUCCGAUUGCACAAGAGGUUCGUCAGAUUUUAACAGCAUGGCUGCCAGACUUUGUCGUCCUGAAUUUCACGUUAGAGCUCUCUGAAGAUAUGCAAAUCAUAGCGAAGCCGAUCGUCGGUGCCGACACGCGAGAAGGACAGGCGUACCUCGCGAGCGCGCAUCUUGAAAUAAGAAUGAAGCGCGGCGAGAUACCAGAAGGCUUAACGCAAAUUCUGAAUCGCUUCAAAGUCUAA